AUGAAUUAUUCAUCAUCAUCAUCAUCUUUUGAUGAUGACGAGGUUGCACCUGAUCCUGCUUUGCUAAUUCAACGGCAAGUAUCAACGCAAUGGGAUUUUACUUUUCAACAAUUUGGAGAUAAAAUCAACAAAAUUGCAACUAAAUGCAUUCAAAAACAUCUAACAACUGAAAUAUACGACCAGGCUAUGAGAGAUUGUCAUGUUAAAUUACAGCAUGGCGAUGAUUCCCAUAGCCAUUAUUUACUCGGUUACUACUUUCAUCAUGGUUAUUCUUCCAUUGGAAUCGAUAAAAAACAAAGUGAAUACCAUUAUAAUCAGGCUGCCCAACGAAAUCAUCUUUUAGCUUAUUACGGCUUAUUUCAAUUAGAUAGGGACAAAAUAAUUCAAUCUGAUGAUCAGCAUCUCGAUCAACAACAAUUAGCUAAGAAACACGCUAAUAAUUUAAUUAAAGCGGCAGCUUUUGGGCUCCAUUCUGAUGCUAUUCAAGCAUUAAGAUCGUUGUAUCGAUCAAGUCAAGAUUGGCGCCAAGAAAUCAAUCAAUUUAGAGAGCAAAAUUACGAAACUAUUAAGCAAUUAAAGCAGAAUACAAUUAUAUUGAUUGAUUCGUAUAACUGUUUGGGCUUCCUUGAAUACUUGAUCCAUAAGUGCAAUACAUUAGAUCAACUUCGUGAUCAAGCUAGUGAUGAAGACAUUCGCGUACCUGCCAAAUCAUUCGAUUAUUUCAAGAAAGCAAGCCAACUAGGGGAUCCACGUGGUGAUAUGAAUUAUGCAUUUUAUACUGAGCUGGAUACUCCAUUAUGUCAUGGCAAUGAAGUUAGUUUACAAGAAUUAGAUCAAAUUAAACAUUACCAUCGAGCUGUUUUGCGUGGCUGUCCAUUAGCUGCUAUAAAAUUGAAAGCAAGUAUGAGAGAAAGUCGAAAUGAAGUACGGAAUAUCUUAAAACAUCGAUAUUACGUAGAAAAUUAUAUAAAAGCAUUACCCUAUUCAGAUGUCUAUAAUCAACUUGGUUCUAUGCACUUUAAUGCUGGCCAACCAUUUUAUAUUGAUAUUGAUCAAGGUAAAGAUUACUUUUUUCAAGCUAUUGUCAAUCCUCCAAGUAUGGCUGGUCCAGUUGAUCGAACAGAAUAUUUUUACCUUGGCCUAAUGUAUGAAUUUGGUAUUGGGGUUCAAGCCAAUAUUACUACAGCGGCACAUUUUUACGCUUCCUCGAUUUAUCCACAUCAUGAUAUUAGCUUGGCUUUAUGUCGUUUAGCUAAAUUAAUCGAAAAAGGUAAAUUAUCUCAGUGCAAUAUUAAUGAUGCUGUCCAAUUAUAUCAGUAUGGCGCUUACUCACAUGCAACACAAGUUGCUCCAUAUUGUCAUUACAGGCUUGGUAGAAUUAUUGGCCAGCAACAAUAUCAACAUUUAUCAUUUUAUCAGCCUGUAUCUGUUCAUUUGCAUAUGGAUAUUGCAUUCAGUUGCUUUAAUGAAGAAGCUUUAUUAGUUAAACCAGCGGCUAUGGAUCGCUAUGUUGUCUCUAAAUUGAUGGAAGAUGGAUCAUGCACUAAUACAAGUAGCCAUAUUCCUGUGUUAGCACCUCAGCGCAAUUUCUAUAUUACUCGAGCUCAUUUUACUGACAAUUAUUUAAAUCGAUUUUACUCUAUAAAAGCUUGGCUACGAGGUAAAAUUCUAGUUGCAGCAGAUGCUGAUAAUGCUAAAUUAUAUGAUCAACUGAACUGGUUAAAUAAAGAAAUUAAAACAUUAUGGGGAUACUCACCUAUUCAAUUAAUGAUGGAAGCUUAUCAAAUAAGCCAAAGAUAUUACAGUAAACAGUUAACAGUUGAACAUUUUCGAUUCGAUUUCCAAUGUGCUAAAAGCCAAUUGCAAGAUAAACCCAAUGCUGCUACAUAUUAUAAGUUAGGUUUGUUGCAUCAAUAUGGUCUUGGUGGCGCUGUUAAAGAUUUCAAAUUAUCAGCCGAAUAUUAUAGUCAAGCUGCUGAAUUAUAUUGUCCUAUGGCAAGUAUUAAUUUAUCAUUUUUAUAUGGUUGUGAAGAAGACGGCGACUGUCCACAACUCUAUUAUCAAGUAUUUACUACUGCUAGAGAAUUGGCAACAGUACAAUUACAAAAUUUGGUAACAGCAGCGUUAAAUGGAUCAAUUCGUGCUAUUGAUAUUAUGCAAGAUCGUUUGAAAGCUUAUUCAUGCUGGCGCGAUAUCAUCGAUGAAAGGAUCAAAGAUUUAACUAAAUGCUUUAAUAAAAAAAUAUUAGGCUUUAUCAAUAAAAGGUUAAGUAAUACGACAUCUAGUAAAUAUCAUGCAGAAAUGGGUAUUUUACUAAUGGUUAAAGAAUUAAAUUAUAAAAUGCCUGAUCAGAAAGCUGUCAAGGAAAUAUUGAAACAUCUUGAAGAAUCAAUGAAAUUGGGAAAUCCAGCAGGAACAUUUUUAUAUGCAUUUACUAAACUUAAACUAAAAUUGGCUGACAAUAAAAUGAAAUAUAUCAAUUUAUAUCACAAAGCUGCUGAAUUAAAUCACCCUGGAGCUAAUCGAAUGUUCUUUAUCCACUGCAACACCAAUAAUAGUAAAUGCGAUCGUAGUGACGAAAAUACUAAGGACGAUGAAAAGAAAGCAAGCUGUGUCACCAAUGCAGCCAAUUUUGGUUUCCCUGAUGCAAUGGCUGAUUUAGCAAUAACAUUAAAAUAUCAAGGUCCAAAAAAUGUCGAACUGGCUCGUCAACUAUUGCAUCAAUCCAUAUCGGAUAAACUAUUAGGAUGUUACAGAGUGGAUUUACCCAUUGCUGAAUUAGGCUUGAUCUAUCAAUAUUAUUGGUCAUCUAGUAAUCAUUACGAAUUAGCUGCUCAUUAUUAUGCUAUUGAUGCCUUUUAUCAAAUGGAGGAUGCAAAAAGUCGAUGCUAUUUAGCUAAAUUAAUCAUCCAUGAUCACAUUAAAGCAAAAAAUAAAUUAGAUGAUGCGAUAAAGCUAUGUCAAUCAGCUAUCUACAUUCAGGAUAACUGUUAUUCAGCCUACGCACAUUAUUUAUUAGGAAAAAUUUAUAGUCGAUGCGAACAGUACUCAAAUAUCAAUAGCCAAAAUAUGGCAAACGAACAUUAUAACAGCGCAUUUCAGUUAUUUUAUCGUAAUCAUUCACAUUAUUCAUCAACUUCAUGUAUGUCCAAUUAUUAUUUGGGUGUAAUGUGUCAAUUUGGUUGCGGUCGAAGGAAAGAUUUAAAUAAGGCAAAACAGUUUUAUUCGUGUGGAUUACGAUGUAAAUGUAAGAACAACGUUUAUUUUAUUAAGCAUUACCUGAAGAAAUGUCAAAAUAAGCUGGAUAUGCUAAAAGAUUCUAUGCAGCGCCAAUGA